UAUAAUGAUUACGGUGAUAAUACUGAGCAAUUCUCAAGGAGCAAGAAGCUGAGCCUCUUGGAAAUUCUCAUUGCCUUCAGCCAGAUUGGGGCCUUCAAAAUCUGAGUCUGCUGCCACCAACACUGGCUCCCUAGCUGCGCUUCUUUCUUCCUUGCUUGCUUCCCAAACUGUGAUGAGGAUGUAAUAGGGAGGGAUUGAAAUCACCACAGCAUUCCAGUUCUUUUUCUACUUUCACCUUCCAUCUUAGUGAAGGCAUCGAGAGAGACACAUUUCACUUCGGUGUCCAACAAAGAAUGAACACCAUUUUAGCAGAAAUAUGGAAGGAAAGACCAGGAUUCAGUUUUUUGUUUCUGUAAUUUUUUAUUAAGAAUUCAUUUUGCAACCUAAAUAGUCAUUGGCAAUGCAAACUAACUGGAGGAGAACGGAUGAGGAUUUUAAAGAAAACCACGGAAUACUAGGGAGAGCUCAAAACUGUUCCAAAGCUGAUUUCCAGGAUUCAUCAGAUCAAGUUACAGUGAAGAUGAAGGUUCUCUCAUUCUGCCACAGCUCCAGAGCCAGCUCCCCUCUCCCUCUUGUUUUCUUCCUUACUUGUUAUGUUCGCAAGAUGGAAUCAGCCCAGUUCAGUGUGACUGGUCUUGGUCACCCUGUCACGGCCAUUGUGGGUGAGGACACUGUGUUACCCUGUCACCUGUCCCCCAGGAUGAGCGCUGAGAACAUGGAGGUGAGAUGGUUCCGGUCUGAGUUCCUUUCAUUUGUGCACCUGUAUCAGCAUGGGAAGGAUCAAUACGGGAACCAGAUGCCAGACUAUCGUGGAAGAACAGAGCUUUUGAAAGCUGCCAUCACAGAUGGGAAUGUUUCCUUGCGGAUUCUUAAUAUCAGACGCUCAGAUGAAGGACAAUACAACUGUUUUGUUCAAGAUGGUUCUUUUUAUGAAGAAGCCCCAUUGGAACUGAAGAUAGCAGUUUUGGGCUCCAAUCCUCUCAUCUCUGUGGAGAGUCACCAGGAUGGAGGGAUCCGGGUGGUUUGUCAAUCGGCUGGGUGGUACCCAGAGCCCAAGGUGCUAUGGAGAGAUCCCAGUGGGCAAGAAUUACCAUCACUCUCUGAAGCAAAAUCGCUAGGGGAUAGUGGCCUGUUUGAAACAGAAAAUUCUAUUAUUAUAAAAGAACGUUCAAACCAGAACCUGUCCUGUUGGAUCAGGAACACCUUUCUCAAUCAAGAAAAGGAAUCAACAGUUUAUAUAGCAGAUUUCUUUUUCCCAAGAGUGAAUCCAUGGAUGGUGGCUCUGAGUGUGAUUCUCCCAGUUUUGUUUGGUUUCAUUGGCCUCACUGUUUAUCUAUUUAAAAUAAAAGGGAAACAUCUUGGACAAAUCAGGAAACAUCUUGGACAAAUCAGGAAACAUCUUGGACAAAUCAAUGAUCUUCAACGAGAACUUGACUGGAGAAGAAACAUCAUCUGCCCAGGGCUGGGAAGUUCUGCGCCACCUGUACAAGAAGGUAACUGAAGUUCAGAUUCUAUCAAUGUGCCAGUCUCAGAAGCUGUUAGAACAUUUUGCUU